AUAGUUCUAUAUUUGUCUAUGACCAAUUGAUAUGUCAUAUCAACAUUUUCGUAAUAUUUUGUUGUUCAGCUAAGUUAUUUAGAAUGUCUCUGGAUCUAAGUUAUUAUGGAAAGCUAUCAAGCCGAAUAUGACAAGAACGGAUUGGCGGCUGACACGUUCUGGAGGACUCCACAGCGAGCUGUUCCGGGCAGGCCGUGUCAGAGGGUUGAGCGAGGCGAGGUUAUGUCGGGGUCAUCGUAUCAGCAAUUCCAGGCGUCCGUGAAUGACGCCUGGGACUUAGGGGAUGACGACAUCAUCUCCGGCAUCGCGGAGACGAAGAUAUCAAAAGCCAUAUCGCAGACUGCAGCUUUAAAUGUUAUAAAUUCUCAUCGGAAUAGUACUAAGAACGUAAACAAAAAUGACGUCAAAGUCGAGAGUGAGAUUGUUAAACCCAGGGAAGAGGCGCUUGCUGUAAGAAAGAAUGAAGUGCGCAAAAUUGGUGGUGCGCCUGGUAGUUCAGGACCGUUGCGUUAUCCGGGACGUCCUCGUCCCGUGCGACUGUCGGCGCUUACAUCCCGCGAAGAAAGCAGCGAAUCCAAAUUGGAAAGGUUUCAACAAGUCCUGGAGAGUUCUGUUUUGGACUUAAAUGAACUUAAACAGCUCAGCUGGUCUGGAAUCCCUACUAAGGCCAGAGCUGUGACAUGGCGUCUUCUAGCAGGCUAUCUACCGGCAAAUGCAGAGAGAAGAUCAGAAACAUUAGAGAGGAAAAGAGCUGAUUACAAGCAUCUCGUACGGCAAUACUAUGAUGCUGAAAGAGAAGAGGAUACAUACAGACAAAUACAUAUAGAUAUACCCAGGAUGAGUCCGCUUGUGGCUUUGUUUCAACAAAUUACAGUACAGGUGAUGUUUGAACGAAUCUUGUACAUAUGGGCGAUACGACAUCCAGCCUCCGGCUACGUUCAAGGUAUCAACGAUUUAGUGACACCAUUCUUUAUGGUGUUUCUACAAGAGGCGGCACCGGGCAAGGAGCUGGACAACUUUCCACUGGACAGCCUGACAGAACAACAGAGGGACAUCAUAGAAGCGGACUCCUUCUGGUGUCUAUCUAAGUUCCUAGACAGUAUACAGGAUAAUUAUAUAUUUGCACAGCUCGGAAUCCAGUAUAAGGUGAACCAAUUGAAAGAACUAAUAAGACGUAUCGAUUUACCGCUACACGAACACUUACAGAAGCAAGGAGUCGACUAUCUCCAAUUUUCAUUCCGAUGGAUGAACAACCUGCUGACGAGAGAGAUACCGUUACCCUGUACAAUUCGUUUAUGGGACACCUAUCUCGCUGAAUCGGACGGGUUCGCGACAUUCCAACUGUACGUAUGUGCCGCGUUCCUCCUACAUUGGAGAGAGAGAUUGAUAUUAGAAAAGGACUUCCAAGGACUAAUGAUACUUCUUCAAAACGUUCCGACACAAAAUUGGACGGAUUCGAAUAUAAGUGUGCUCGUCGCGGAAGCGUACAGGCUGAAGUUCGCGUUUGCGGACGCGCCGAACCAUUUGCACAAUGCCGGCAAGUCGGAUAGAUGACCUGGAUUGAAACGGUAACUGGGAACUCGAAUCCAAUUGGUCGAAAAACAUAUUCGAAUUUUAAACCGACUACAGCCAAGCCAAGGAGAGAAGCGUUCAUUCGCAUGUUCCAUCUAGAGUCCAAUACUUCUCAACCGAUUUUAGCAAACUUCCGCGACCAUAUAUAAAUCACUAAAGUUAGUGUAAAGUUAAUGCAGUGGACAGUUAUUCCAAAAUCUGUUGAGCGUUUAAGUGUUUGCGUUUUUUAAAUCAAUAAUUUUGUUUUUUAAAGUCGAUAAUUUAUUAAUUUUCUUGUAAGAUUCGAUUAUUAAAAAAACUCAAUUUAAUAUUUUGAAUGGAGUUCUGUUCCCAGCUUAUAUGCUUAAAGUAUACUUAAGUGGGAAUGAUAUGGGAUUGAUCAAUCGUUUAUGAGAAACUUUCAAUUGUACGAUAAACUCACAUGUAGACAUUUAUCGGCUUUGCCUAUAGCCUAUUCAAAUCGAGGGAUUUGGUAUAAACAAACCUUAUGUUUACGUAUUUCAUUCGAUUUGCUAAAUAGCUCUGCUAUAUCGUGCACUACAAACUGUUCUUGGAUAAUAAAUAUAUGUCUAUUAUACAAAAUUUUCCACUAGAUUACUUUUAUCCACUUUAAUUAUAUUUACAAAGUUCCCAUAACAACUUCUGCGACAUUCAAAGCGCCAUUUUGAAUUAAUACCAUAGAUUAUCUAGGUCAUAGAUUAUUCAAGAUCUCGACCAAUGAUAUCGCGUCUAUUAUGUUUGAUCUUCCUGUGAUUGGAAUAGGGUACGUAAGGGUU